CGCCGCUCCAGGCGGAUCCGCCAGGCUCCCGGGGCCGCUCCAGACCCCCGCGCCGGCCUCCCGCGGCCCGGUGCCCGGUCCCGGCCCGGCAUCCCGGUGCGGACGUACGGGGCCGAGCGCCUGCAGCGGAUCCGCGCGCGGUCCUGCUACUGGGGGAGAUGGCAGCUGCAAAAGUGGAAGAAAAGGAACUUGAAAAUCAUCACAACAGCGACUGCCUCAUUCAGCUUUCCAAUCCAAACCUAGCAACCAUGAAGGAAGAUGUUCUCUACCAUUUCAGCCUCAGCACCAGCACACACGACUUCCCAGCUAUGUUUGGCGAAGUCAAGUUUGUGUGUGUUGGUGGAAGCCCCUCUCGGAUGAACACCUUCAUCAGGUAUGUGGCCACACAGCUGGGCCUUGACCGUCCGGGAGAAGAGUUUCCUAACAUUUGUGCGGGGACCGACCGCUAUGCCAUGUACAAAGUUGGACCAGUGCUGUCUGUGAGUCAUGGCAUGGGCAUUCCAUCCAUCUCUAUCAUGCUACAUGAGCUCAUCAAGCUGCUGUACCAUGCCAGGUGUUCCAAUGUCACCAUCAUACGAAUCGGCACUUCUGGGGGCAUAGGUCUGGAGCCUGGCUCAGUAGUCAUCACCCGGCAGGCAGUGGAUGCCUGCUUCAAGCCAGAGUUUGAGCAGCUUGUCCUGGGGAAACGGGUGGUUCGAAGUACUGAUCUGGAUGAGCAGCUGGUGCAGGAGCUAAUGAAGUGCUCUGCGGACCUGAGCGAGUUCACCACUGUGGUGGGAAACACCAUGUGCACCUUGGACUUCUACGAAGGGCAAGGCCGCCUGGAUGGUGCCCUCUGCUCCUACACAGAAAAGGACAAGCAGGCCUAUCUUCGAGCUGCCCAUGCUGCUGGCAUUCGAAACAUCGAGAUGGAAUCUUCAGUGUUUGCAGCCAUGUGCAGUAUGUGUGGCCUCUGAGCUGCUGUGGUGUGUGUCACCCUCCUGGACCGCCUGCAGGGGGACCAGAUCAGCAGCCCCCACGAAGUGCUUGCUGAGUACCAACAGAGGCCACAAAGACUGGUGAGCUACUUCAUCAAGAAGAGUCUGAGGAAAGCCUGAGGCCCAGCUCUGCUUCCCAGAGACAAGCUGUUGCCAGGGCUGUCCAUUAAAACUGGUGUGCAAAGUCCCCUUUUGUGUGAUUUGGAGUGUGGGCUCGUGGCCCAUGCCUGCAAUCCUAGCUACCCAGGAGGCCGAGAGUACAUUCUACCCACAGAGCAGGGAUCAAAUACCCUACUCAACACUACCAAGCUUCUUGAAGACAGGGUCUCACUAAAUUUUUUUUCCAGGCUCCUCUGAAAGUGAGGGAUCCUUCAGGUUCUCUAACCCCUCAGUCACUGGUUUUAAAUUGCUGCCUGGGUACAUGCGAUUACAUGAAUGUGUUCAAUUUCUAUUUCAUAUCCUAAUUUGAUUAAUUUUGAAGAAAUAAUAAAAUAAUUUGUAUGUCA